AUGGCAGAAAUUGUACGGACGCAUGAACGACGAACGUCGGUGAACGGGAACGAUGAACUCAGGGAAGUAAAAUGGGCGAAGCAUUACUCUUCGAACCACCAAAUACUGUUGGUUGGAGAAGGAGAUUUCUCUUUUUCUAUGAGUUUGGCGAUGUCUUUUGGGUUUGCUUCCAACAUUGUAGCAUCUUCUCUCGAUUCUUAUGAUGAUGUUAUGAAGAAAUACAAGAGAGCAAAAACAAACCUAGAAAUGUUGUGUAAUUUUGGAGCUCAAAUAUUACACGGAGUUGAUUCAACCAGAAUGAAGCUUCACACUGAUCUUAGAAUGCGGAAGUUUGACAGGAUUGUAUAUAAUUUCCCACACGCUGGUUUUUUGGGGAAGGAAAGUGAUGACUUGGUCAUCAUGAAGCAUAGAAAUUUGGUACGUGGUUUUUUGAGAAACGCAAGUGGCAUGUUGCGUCCAAACGGUGAAAUUCAUGUGACACACAAGGCUGCUCGCCCGUUUGACUCAUGGAAUAUUGAAGAAUUGGCAACUCAAAGUGGUUUAACAUUGAUUGAAUGUGUCAAAUUCAAGAUUGAAGAUUAUCCCGGUUACAACAACAAAAGAGGAGCUGGUAGGAAUCCCGACCAGGCAUUUCCUCUAGGGGAAUGCAAUACUUUUAAAUUCAUAGUAACUUCAAAAACCAUGAAACUAAUGCGUCAAAAACCUCAAGAAAUUCCAUUACAAAGAGCGAAUGAACAGAUUGUUAUGAAUCCUUUGCAAAGUGGUGAAUGCUUUUGGAUUUUCAAGGAGUAUUUCAAUCAUGCAAGAUCCACCUUUGGGGAACCUGAUUAUUUUCUUCCGUAUAAUGUUCCGGACAUGCUGAGAUUAGGGUUUGAAAGAUACAAUGCAGAUGAUUGUGGGAAACCGUUGGAUGGUUAUUUAAAUCAUUUGGAAGAGCUUUGGAAUUUAUGCAGAAGGAGGCUAGUAUUCUUGCGAAACAGAUUAUGGGAAAUUGAUCAUCCGUAUUAA